AUGGCUGACGAAAGCCACACAGCGACAAUAAUAAUAACAACAACGGUGGCCACAACUACCACGACACCAGUUACCACUACCUCCACAAACGCUGUCACAGUCACUAAUGACCUUAACUCUACAGACACCUCGGCUACAACUGCCAAUGGUGCCAACAAACGACGUUUACGACUCUUCUUUAAGAAAAAAGGACAGAAUGCAUUCUGCUGUGUGCCCGCGUGCAAGAAUUCCUCAAAGAAAAACCCUAAUCUACAUUUUCACACUUUCCCCAAAGAUGAUAAGACAAUUUUGUCUGGUGAGCGAUGUGGAGAAAAUCUACGCAAAGUCUGGCUUUCUCAGAUUAGGAGGUUGACUUUCAGGAUUACAAAGGACACCCUUGUGUGCAGCCAGCAUUUCAACAGUACCGACUACAAACCAAGAACAAAGAGAAAUAAGUUGUAUGGGCAACCUGGCCAUUCACAUAGACUCAAUGACAAUGCAUACCCAACACUGUUCAGUUGGAACAACUGGGGAAAAGGAAAAAAAACUCGACAUACACCAAAAGAAAUGUCCCCUGUUGAUACGAAUUAUGCUGCUGAUAACACGGCUACGGAACCUGAUUUGCUUAAUAAAACCCCAGACAAGUCUUCCGAUAUGAAGCCCGACUCACAAGAAACAGAACUACCAGUUAUUGGUAUGAUGCACAACUAUAGCCUUCCGAGUGAGCUAGACAAUGCUCAUGGUGUGAUACGAGAUUUACGUAAGCAGCUAGAUCAGACAAAGGUAGAGACCCUUCGCUUUUCCUUGGAGCGCUAUGGCACUGACAGUGCAAUCAUUGAACACUAUACAGGCUUUGCUUCUUAUGAUGCUCUUACCAAAUUCUUCCAAACUCUUGAGGAUUGGGAACAUGCAUCAAUCAUGAGGUCCAAGAUUCGAGUAAACAGUUGGGCUACAGAAGAUCUACAGCCGGUUGGGUCAGAGAAAGGCCUGCAGUUGAUUGACCAAUUUGUUCUUUAUCAAAUGUUUGUGUACCGUGGCUUGUCAGCGAUGGACCUGGCGGCUCGAUUUAUAGUUCCUGUGGCCACUGUAAUGAAUAUUAUUAUUACUUGGGCUGACAUUUUGUUUUUUUUCCUCGGUGUCUGGACUGUGUGGCCCACAAGGGAGCAGGUCAGAGAAUCCAUGUUGCCGGCCAUUUUCCAAGAAAGCAAAUAUGUCGACACUCGAGUUGUCUUUGAAUAUGCUGAACUGAGGCAUGAAGACACCUCUACACGGCUACUCAAAAGCCAGUCGUACAAGGAUUAUAAAUCUUCUUACACCUAUAAAGGAUUAAUAGGUUUGGCACCAAACGGUGCUGUGACUUUUGCUUCACGCCUUCUGGCACAUUCCCUGUCGGAUGCGGAGCUUCUCUUGAAAUCUGGUAUUUUGCAGUUGUGUGAGAAAGACGAUGCGGUAUUGGUGGAUGUGGACUUUGUGAUUGGCGAUGUCUGCACGGAACACGGAAUUAAGAUGUACCAUUCUCCUUACAAGUAUGGAGAGCCAUAUAGCCAGGCUUCAGAGGUGGUUUCUGUGGAAGAGAUCACUCGGCUACGAGCACAUGUGGAUCCAGUCAUCAAGCGCAUUCAUGAAAAUGUAAUUUUCCAUCACAUUCCUGACAGUAUAAAAGAAGCCGUCUCUCAAAUGUGGGUUGUUGCAUAUAACUCUAAUCACUGGAACCCUGCAUCCACUCUUAAUUUCGAUUUUCAAAAGCAUAUUUACUGUUUAUUGAGCACUCUGUUCAGAAACUGCGUAACUACAGACUUUUAUACACUGUCGGCUACAUUUGUCAUCCUCUUUUUAAUUAUUUGUGGAGUAAUAUAUUUUUUGUACCGGAGGAAGAAGAAAAAAUCGGCAUUUUCAUCCCAAAUGAACCAAAAGCCAAUUGAUGAGCCCCAUUUGCCAAGAACUCCAGAGACAAGUUUUUCCAGAAACAAAACUUUUGUACCGGAAUCUGAGUAUGAUGUUCCACCGAAAAGAGAAGAACCUCUGCCUCGUAAAAUGGGUCCUAAGGAUGCAUACCACGGAACACCGAGAGGUCAUGAAGAUUACAGUGUGCCACCCACGAGAAAUGACAAUUCUAUGAAGCCGCCACUGCCUCCUAAUUUAGCCCGGAAGCUGGAAGCGGAAAAGGGGAAGGAAUCGCAUCCGGGUGACAUCCACGAUUCUUAUUAUUUAGACAUGGAAGGAAUAAAUGACGCCGUAUACCAGAAUUAUGAAACUUCUCAAGACGAAAUCUAUGUAAACAACUGA